UACCGACCGUUUAACACACAAGUUCGAGUUGUCUUCGAGAUGUUCAGUUCCUCGAAUUAUUACACAAACACUGUCAGAAUACAGUCUACAACGGCACGCACAUUUAACUGUCCCGAGUCUGAAUAGUGCCUCUGAUUAUUUUACGGCGUCGUAACUAAUUAUUUAAUUGAGAUUUAUGCUUCAAGGCACAAAAAUGUAUCUUCUCUCCGACUGACGUGCUAAUUCCACAGACAUUUCGUUUAGGCUCUAGAGUUUGACAUAAAUAUAAUAAUGAUUUUUUUUGAUGUUACUAGCAUGAUCAUAAUUUUUAAGACAAAUUUCAAAACCAAGGUGCCAAGUUUGUAGGCAAUAUUUUAUUUACUUUGUGCAUUAUUAUCUAAAGUGCCAUAUCUUUCUUUCAUAUUGCAAAAUACAGACGGUACUAUUUGUACAAAUAUAAUGGCCAAUGUGCAGCGGGAAGAAACGGAAGUAAUAAAUGUAUGCAGAGCGAUUUUUAACGUGUCUCAAACUACGUCAGCUGACAGCUGUCAAUGUCAACUGACUGUCAUCGUGUCCUCUGUCAAACAGCAUGUUUUCAGUAUUUUCGUGUUGUUCCUUGUGUUUCGUUUUUGCGAAAUUGUAAUAAAACUUUAACGCUGACGAUUCUAAAUCUCAUCAGAAAAUGUCGUGCUUUCUUUGCUUCAUAUGCCACAACACAGUUCACAGUGAUACAAAUGUUGAAACACGGGAAAAAUACAAAGAAUUGGUUGGAAUGAAAUUAUGUUCCGACUCUCAUCUGUGCCAUGUAUGCUGUCACUUGCUAAGAAAGCUAUGGUUAUUUAAGUCAAUAUGUUUGAGAAGGAGUAUGGAGUACCCUGUGUUGUUUAGUGACCGAGGCACAGUCAAUCUCCAAAACAGUCAGAUAGAAACAGUCAUCCUAUGCCCAGACAUAGAAGAAUGUGAACAACAUACAAACACAUCGUACCACUUCACAUCUGACACUGAUCAUACCAACCAAUAUGUAUCUUUAGAAGAUAGGACAGAUAAACAGACAGACAUAGCGGAAGAAAAUGAUAAAAAUAUUGAGUCAGAUAAUGAUGUUACAGAAUUUAAUGAUUACGAGCAAGAUAUAGAAGAAGAAAUACAUAAUGAUACAAAGAUGGAAAACAAAAAUGAAGCUACAGAAGAAAUUAAACCUAAGGAAGAUUUAAAUAAGAAUAAUGAUUUUUACAAAAUAGUUUUAAGCAUUGAAGAGCAGAAGGCAGAGUUGGAAGCGAAGAGAAGAGAAGACAAGUAUUUGGAGGCGGAGUUUAAAUGCUAUAAUUGUGCUUUGGGGUUUUUGUUUAAAGAUACUUAUCAAGCUCAUAUGAUGAGACAUGAAGAGUCAAACGGUGAGUACCUCUGCCCGAUCUGUCUCCUCCGCUUCGCAUCGUCGGCCGUGCUGCGCGCGCACGCGCAGACGCACCGCGAGCGCGGCGUGUGCGCGCGCUGCGGCGCCACCGUCGGCGCGCGGCGGCGCAACGCGCAUAGAGCUAAAUGUAUCGACGACAAUCAAGCUAUAUGUCAUCUCUGCUCUAAGGCUUUUACCGAUGGUAACGGCCUCCAACAGCACAUCAAGCGCUUCCAUCUCUCGAAAACCAGCAGCAAAACAUACUCCUGCCAUGUGUGCGGCAAGACUUACAACAACCAAGCGGCUGUGCGGACGCAUAUGAUAAAGCACAUAAACAAGAAGUUCCCCUGCCCGACGUGCGGCGCGCGGUUCAGCUCGCCGUACUCGCUGGCGGCGCACGGCCGGCGCCACCUCGGCGCGGGGCGCGCGCGCCGGCGGGGCGCCGCGCCCGCCCGCCGCCACGUCCUCCCCUGCCAAAUGUGCUCGAAAACCUUCUCCACGCAGCGCGCCCUGGCGUCCCACACGCAAACAGUACACUCCACCGACAAGAAGUACCGCUGCAACAUGUGUGGGGCCAGCUAUACCAGCAAGAAGUCCCUGGGCGCUCAUAUACGGAGACACACGGUGCAGCCUAAGCUGUGCUUGUGUCAUCUCUGUGGGGCCAGCUUCCAGGGUAACAGCAAACUCAACAGACAUCUAAAAUCGGUGUGCGAAAAGAACAAGUUAGAAGAGGAACUGUCGGCAUUUUAUAAUCAAGAAUAAAUAUCAAACCAUACCUACUACCAAUAGGUAGCGUGCAUGAACUGUAGGAGGCAGCACAGGAGCCGUCAGAUUUUUGGCGCGAGGCGUAAAUGUCAUGUUUAUUGUUCCGAUGUAGCCCACAAGAUGGCAGAACCUACUAUGCACAAGAAAACACGUGACGUGUAAAUGUACAUGUUUAUGGUUCCGAUUCAGGCCACAAGAUGGCAGACCCUUCAACGCGCACGGUCCCUAUAGGUUGGUAGAUGCCUGUCUGGAGAAAUAUUAGUACAUUCAUUACUAUAGAGGCCGGGAAGAGAAAGGAUUGCAGCACAAGUAGAUAUAGACUAAAUAUUCUCUGAGACUAGACUAGAUUUCUCGUCGAGAUUUUUAUAGUGCUUUUCUCAAACUUGCAAUGAACUAAAAAAAAAAAAUCAAUUAGUUUUAUUCGUAGGUUUAUACAGCUAAAAACAAAUUACGAAUCUACUACCUCUAUAUUUGAUGGUUGAAUGCCAAGACGUGUCACAAUUUGAGGUUUAAAAACAAAAAAAGGUUGCUUUAAACAGAGGGCUUACCGUGAACCAGGUUCGACGUGUUGCCUCCCUGUCACAUUUACGAACGAAGAGUGGCAACACGUCGAACGUGGUUCGCGGUAAGCCCUCGGGCCUCGGUGUGUAAGGCUGUAUGAAAUUCCUUUUCAUAUCUUCACUCAUCGAGUCAUCGCACCUGAUAUGUGGUAUUUCCGGACCUAAUUUGACGUAAGUCAUGUCAACAUUUCAUUGCAAGUUUAAGAAAAAAGAAUUACUUAUUUAACUAAUAAAGGUUGGCAACGCACAUGUGACACUAAAAAGCAAAAGCUUACGGGCGGAAGUGUCUGCUUAAGAGUCCCCGGUAAGCUCGGUCGAAUUUCACCUUCCCAUACAAAAGAAGUCUCGUUCUCAUUUUAAAACUACGUGUUGGAUUAUAAUGAAACUUUCCACAUAUAAUGACAUGAGAUGGUAUAUCUAAUCCUGCGGUGGCAGCAUGGUUCCAUUUUUAUCACUUGUCAGUAUGCCCAUCACUUUCACGCUAUACUUGUUAGAACGUGACAGGCAUAGUGACAAAUGAUAAAGAGCCGACCACCUUAGCCCUACUGUAAUUAGUUUAUAAAACAAAGGAAAUAGAGCAAAAACAAGUGUUCUUAAGUGUGAUUGUAAAGAAUGAAUUAUUUAUUGUUAUGUUAUUAAUGAUGAAAUUGAUAAUUCAAUGUAUAUAUAUACCGUAUUAUUUGACAUUUAGAUUUUAUUCUAGAAAGGUUCUAGACUAGUAUUUUUAUACAAUUUUGAUGUUUGUCGAUCCUUUUGUGAAAUUCUUAUUAUUAAGUUUACCAUAUCUAUAAUAGUUCAAUGUUUUUUUAGAACAAUAAUAACUGCAUCAAUAAAUUGCUCUGAUAUUUAGAUUAAGAUGAUAUUUGUAAAAUUUGACGAUUUAAUAGUGCUUGUUGCUAGGCCUAUUUGAAUAAAGAAUAUUUUGACUUUGACAAGAUUUGUAUGAAAAACUUAAUUUCACAGUUUUUUUUUAGUUAUGGUAUCUGAAGCUACAUAAACUAGUUAUAGGACUAGAUGUACCUUAUCCUAUUGUAAGUACACAGUUUCAGAGCAAUCUAGCUAGUCGUUUUAGGGCCGGUACAGACGGACUGCAACUCGACUGCAAUUUGUAUGGGAACUGCAUGCCGACUGCACUCCCAACUGCAAUGUCGACGUGCAGUUCCCAUACAAGUUGCAGUCCGUCUGUACCGGCCCUUAAAAUGAGAGCAUAACUACAUUUUCACCUCAGCAGCUCGAACAAGCCUACUUUCGUCACUCCAGGGAGUGAGGAAAGUGCGCCUUUCGUUACUCCAUGGAGUGAGACAAAGUAGCUUUUUAAUUUAGCGAAGGCCAUGAAUACAGGAAUAUUUCUAGAAGCUUUCGUCAUAAUGAUGAUGCCUUUCAUUCAUGAAUGUAAAUAAAUGUGGUUAACUUUACUUUAUGUUGAAUUUUUUUAACCUUUAAUAUGUUCUCACUACUGAGGUGAAAAGUUGUAUGUGUCACACGAGAGCAGAGUUAUUUUAAAUCUAGUGUUUAUGAUUCAACACUCAACAUAACACACACAACACAAAAUCGACACUCGCAAGAAAAACCAACUUUUCUCUCUUGUUACACAAAUAACUAUUGUAUGGAGAACCGAGGUUGCUGGAGACCAAAACAGCGAAUGUUACUUAUGAUAGUUAUGAUGAUUUUUUUUUUUAUAUUAUAAGACAUUAUUACACAAAUUGACUAAGUUCCACAGUAAGCUUAAUAAGGCUUGUGUUGAGGGUACUUAGACAACGAUAUAUAUAAUAUAUAAAUAUUUAUAAAUACUUAAAUACAUAGAAAACAUCCAUGACUCAGGAACAAAUAUCCAUGCUCAUCACACGAAUAAAUGCCCUUACCAGGAUUUGAACCCGGGACCAUCAGCUUCGUAGGCAGGGUCACUACCCACUAGGCCAAACCGGUCGUCAAAUUAUGUACCUAAAAUAAAAGUCUGUGAUAACUUUUUAGUUUUAAUUCAGGCACUUAACAUAAACAGAUUUGUAUGGACAGACAUAUAGACAUAAAAAUGAGCUACAAUACAUUAGUACUACACUAAAUCUUAAAAUCUUUCUUUUAGUUUAGUAGGCGGUGCAACAAUAUUU